AUGGCAGUAAAUAAUACGAAUCAUACUAUGAAUUUUUCCUCUCAAAAAACUCGUUCAUUGACAGGCGCAUUCCCUCAAAAUUCCAUAUCAUUAUCAUCACCAAAUAGUCCCAGUAAUUCUGGAAAUCUUAAUAGUAGCUUAUCUCAUGGUCGCCAAUUAUGGAAUAUGGCUGUCGAAAAUAUUCAUGAACGUGAAAAAACUCCCCCGACAUCGUCAUCAUCAGUCGUUAACGAUCCAAUUGGUUGGUGCAAUUUAACGAAGCGGUAA